AUGUCUGGAAAUGGUGGCAGUUCUAGGUGUUGCAGUGGCGAUAGUCCCAGGUCUGGUAAAGGUGAAAGUCCCAGGUCUGGUAAUGGUCGUAGUCCCUGGUAUAGUAAUGAUGAUAUUCCCAGCUAUGGUAAAGGUGAAAGUCCCAGGUAUUGUAUAGGUGAUAUUCCCAGGUCUAGUAAUGGUGGUAGUCCCAGAUAUGGUAAAAGUGAUAUUCCCAGCUAUGGUAAAGGUGAAAGUCCCAGGUAUGGUAUAGGUGAUAGUCCCAGGUAUGGUAAUGGUGGUAGUCCCAGAUAUGGUAAUGGUGGUAGUCCCGGAUAUGGUAACAGUGAUAGUCCCAGGUAUGGUAGAAAUGAUAGUCCCAGGUCUGGUAAUGGUGGCGGUCCCAAGUAUGGUAACGGUGAUAAUCCCAGGUCUGCUAAUGGUGGUAGUCCCAGGUAUGUUAACGGUAAUAGUCCCAGGUCUGGUAUUGAUGGCAUUCCCAGGUAA